CAACACCACCGCCAAAAGUACCAGACAAUUUACCAUCGUGCAAGGCUCUUAAGGCGUCCGCAAGUUGGUUGACAGCGAACAAGGCGUAUUAUCUGACCGUCGGAGGCCAAAAGUUCCAGGCUUACUGCCAUAUGGGAAGUCUUUCAGGCUGUGGUAGCGGGCCGUGGACCAUGGUGAUGAAGAUCAAUGGACAUAGGAAUACUUUCCACUGGAAUUCAGCGUACUGGCGAAACAAGGCAGCAUAUAACAUUGGAGGAGGAGCAUCUGGACUGAAUAAUGUAGAGACAAAGCUACCAACGUACUGGGGAACACCUUUUACUAGCAUUUGUUUGGGAAUGAAGAGUGGUGGUGGAACCCGAUGGAUCAAGCUCCACUACCCAGCAAGUUCCUUACACUCKCUCAUCGCUGACGGCCGCUACAGAGCAACCAGGGUUGGUCGUAACGUCUGGCGAUCGCUCAUCCCCAACUCAUCCCUCCAACCUUACUGCAACAGAGAAGGAUUCAACGCUCAGGCUGAGAAYCCGCCUGCCGCUAAAGCYAGGAUUGGGUUGAUCGCCAACGAUGCUGAUARGCCAGUUUGCCGCUCCUGUGAUUCGUUCAUUGGGUUYGGAACGUCRUACCCAGCCUCUGCUCAAAUGAACUCCAAUUCCUGCGGGAAUGAGUGCAUUUUCAACGGCGACAGAGGAACCAGACAUCUCAAGGCUAUCGGAUAUGUCUUUGUUCAGUAAUUAUCAUUAAAGAUUAUUAGUUGURUUUUUAACUUGGACACACAGGCUACCCAAAGUAGAGAUUUUUACCCGUCGUAAACCAUCCCGAACACAGAUUGAAAUCUAUUAYGUUAUAGACAAGAAACCCAAAUAACGAAGUUCGUUAAUUAAUUCAUGACACAAGGAUAUCCCCAGUUAUCAAAUCAUGUCUUUCCCCAACACAGGAAACCCAAACGACUGAACUCUCCUCAUAAAAUGUUAAGUGUGUCUAAGAGCAGCUAAUUAAAGAAUAAUUGCAUGGAAAACCC